AUAUCCACCUCGAUGAUUUCUAACGGGGAAAUUCUCAGGCUACCGGCAAAUGGCCGUCUUCUCCCCUUCCCUCUCUUUAUUCCCCGGCGCCACUCUCUCCUCUUUCUCUUCAUCUUCUUCCUUUGCUCCGAGGCUUAGAGCUCCGUCGCUGAUGCUGGGCGCUCGCAGCAGGACGCCUCCUCGGUCGGUCGUUAGCUGCUCCUCCGGUUUGGCCUCGGAUUCGCCCAAUUACCCAAGGCCUCAAACAGCAACCAUGGCUCCCUUUGGCUUGCUUAGAGAUGAAGGUUCCAUGCCAAAGCCAUCAUAUAGAUGGCAAAGGGUUUUGCUUAAAGUAAGUGGAGAAGCACUUGCUGGAGACCACGCUCAAAAUAUUGAUCCAAAGAUUACAAUGUCUAUUGCAAGAGAGGUUGCUUCUGUGACUAGACUUGGUAUUGAGGUUGCUAUUGUGGUUGGUGGAGGUAAUAUCUUUCGAGGUGCCUCCUGGGCAGGCUGCAGUGGUCUUGAUCGUUCCUCUGCAGAUUAUAUUGGGAUGCUGGCAACAGUUAUGAAUGCAAUAUUCCUGCAAGCCACAAUGGAGAGCAUUGGCAUCCCUACUCGUGUCCAGACCGCAUUUCGCAUGUCAGAAGUUGCAGAGCCGUACAUUAGGAGGAGGGCUGUUAGACAUUUAGAGAAAGGGAGAGUUGUUAUAUUUGCUGCUGGAACUGGCAACCCGUUCUUCACAACUGACACUGCUGCUGCCUUACGUUGUGCAGAAAUCAAUGCAGAGGUUGUGCUUAAAGCAACGAAUGUGGAUGGCGUUUUUGAGGAUGACCCCAGGAUCAACCCAAAUGCUCGGCUUCUCGACAAUUUGACCUAUCAAGAAGUGACAUCGAAGGAUCUCUCUGUGAUGGACAUGACAGCUAUUACGUUGUGUCAAGAAAAUAAUAUUCCUGUUGUUGUGUUUAACUUGACAAAACCUGGAAACAUUGCAAAAGCCAUUGUUGGUGACAAGGUUGGCACUUUUAUUGGUGGAAGGAAUCAGCAGCAAGGAUGUGAUUGCAGCACACUAGCUCACGAGUUGAGAAUUCUCAAUGAAUUUGAAACUUGAGUUCUUUUUUUCUUCUUCUUUCUUUGGGAGGCAAUUGAUGUGAUAUGCUUCCUGCUUCACAAAAUUGCAAAUUAUGUAACUGUAGGAACUAGGAACCAUACAAGGCGCUUAUUUUCAACUUUUGUUAGAUAUGCAGAAUUGCAAGUUGAACUCUUGGCAUCAUAAGGUAGUCAAUUACUCUAAAAGUUUCUUUUGCUAUGUCAGCAUCAAACAAUGCAUGUUUGUGCUUAUCAUCCAUAUCAAAACAUGUUCU